CUGUGGUUACGACAUUCUUGUCAUCCAAAUGUAAGAAGACACCGCUUCCUGGUGUGGACUGGAUAAUAAUGGACCGAUGAGGGAGAGGUAGACCUGCUCCAGUCGGGUUAGUCCUCAGUGUGAUCUGUUUGGAUUGAGGUCACGAGUCUGCAAAUACAGUGAAAAGAAGAGACAGGCCGAGGAAUGUCAGCCGUAAACAAAUCUGCAGAGGAUGGCAGCUCCUUCUCGUCAAAGGUCAUCAACAUUGUGUUUAUCACCCUGCUGUUGGACCUGCUGGGAUUUACACUGAUUCUACCUCUACUUCCUUCUAUUUUGGACCACUAUGCACAAACAGGGGAUGGCGUGUAUCAGUCUCUGCAGAGUGUUGUGGACCUGUUCAGGGAGGCCGUCGGGAUUCCUAUGGAAAAGAAAUACAACAGUGUCCUGUUUGGAGGUCUGAUCGGGUCGUUGUUUUCUCUGCUGCAGUUCCUGUCAUCGCCUGUGACGGGGGCUCUGUCAGACAAAUAUGGCAGACGACCCAUGCUCAUUCUCACUACAUUAGGGCUGAUGGCCUCCUAUGCGGUCUGGGCCGUUUCCCGGAGCUUCAGCAUGUUCCUUUUGUUUCGGGUAAUUGGGGGCAUUUGUAAGGGCAACGUCAGCCUCUGCACUGCCAUCGUGGCCGACUUGCCUUGCCCAAAAGCACGGAACCGAGGAAUGGCUAUGAUCGGCAUUGCCUUCUCCCUGGGCUUCACUGUGGGACCUCUGAUGGGUGCCUACUUUGCCCUCAGCUCCAAAACAACAGGGAAUGUCUUCUACCAAACCCCAGCUCUGCUCGCCUUGGCCUUUAGCGUGGCUGAUCUGCUCUUUAUUUGGGUCAUGCUGCCGGAGACGGUCACAAAGGAUGUCAAGGCUUCAUCUUCGGGGUUAGGGGAUUCCAGGGACCUCAUGAACCCAUUAUCUUUGUUCCAUUUUUCAGCUGUUACCAGGACAAAAGAUCCGCCUCCAAAAGAAAGAAUGCAGAAGCUUCAAGCGUUGGGCCUGGUUUAUUUCUGCUACCUCUUCCUGUUCUCUGGUCUGGAGUUCACUCUGAGUUUUCUGACUCACCAACGCUUCCAAUUCACAAGCAUGCAGCAGGGAAAGAUGUUCUUCUUCAUUGGUGUCAUCAUGGCCUUGAUCCAGGGAGGUUAUGCUCGCAGAAUCAAACCUGGGCAGCACAUCAUGGCUGUUAGAGUGGCAAUCAUAACAUUAAUCCCAGCGUUCAUCCUCAUCGGGCUCUCAUGGAAUAUAACGAUGCUUUAUGUUGGCUUGGCGUUAUACGCAUUUGCGGCUGCAAUAGUAGUACCAUGCCUGUCGACGCUUGUUUCUGACCACGGGUCGGCCAGUCAGAAGGGCACAGUGAUGGGGAUUCUGCGUAGUUUGGGCGCCCUGGCCAGAGCACUGGGACCAGUUGUGUCAUCCUCCGUUUACUGGAUAGCUGGAGCUCAGACCUGUUUUCUUCUCACAUCAGCCUCUUUCAUUAUUCCUCUGGCUCUCCUGAGAACAGCUAGAAGGUUGAAGGAGGAGUGAGAGACACAAACUCUUGACAGAGACUCUGCUUGCAGGGAUUAUAGUGGGAAUAUUAUGAUGUUUACAUCUGCUGGUAAAACAAGCACUGGUGUCUUACAUUGACACAAACAAAAAUAAUAAGAUGUAUACUUUUUGCCAAGCAUCAUCACAUGGAACUAAAUAAUGCAAGAGACAAUGCACAUGCCAAAACCAAGAGAUGUUAUUGAACACUUGAGAAAUGAGUGGACGUAUUGCUUUUAAAUGUGCAAAAUGUAUAACUGCUCAUAAUGUGAAAUGUAUGGGUUAGAGUGGGUUACAAACACCAUUUAUGUUAAUAGAUAUACUUUUAUAAUGCAGUAUUUUAUCAAACACUCAGAUUUUAUAUUUUACAAAGCAACAUUUUAUUUUAGCUCACUUUAAACAUGUUGAUAUUAUAUUUUCUUGCUUUAAAA